GGAGAAGAGUCGCUGAAGAGCGAAGGCGAUGAGACUAAAGGCUCGAUGCGAACUGUACGUCUUGACGUGACUAGUCAAGAGAGUGUGCAAAAAGCUGUCGUUUUCACCGAAAUGCACCUUUCCGGUGGUCUUCAACUUUGGGCACUUGUCAAUAACGCUGGCUUCUUUGCUUUGAACGGUCCUGAUGAUUGGUGCUCACUUGAAGACUAUGAUCAAUCGUUGAAAGUCAAUACGCUCGGCCAUAUUCGAGUUGUGCAUGCAUUCAGACAUUUACUGGAACGUUCUAAAGGUCGUAUCGUGACCGUGACGAGUGCCACAACUCGUUUACCGUUAGCCGGAGCUUGCGCCUAUACGGUCGCUCAGUCUGCAAUCGAGGCUUACACGAACGCACUCAGACACGAAGUCCGACCAUUCGGUAUCACUUGCCACAUUAUUGAACUUGGCGUAUUCCGUACGGACUUCAUUGAUUCCGCCUCACUGAAGGCACGACUGAAUACAUCCUGGGAGAAACUGACGCACAAGAAGAAAGCGAAGUAUGGUGAAGAAUUCAAGGAUGACUACAUUGCCUCAGUGGAUGCAGACAUCCAGAAGCGUGCCUCAUCGUGUCUGAACUGUGCCGUCAACACUUACUACCAUUCGAUCACGGCCCGUAAUCCGAGACUCCGUUAUCGUUGCGGUUUCGAUGCACAUUUCGCAAACUUCAUCAGCUAUCUUCCCAGCCCGUUGGCUGCUAUUCUGAAUGCCAAAAAUGCAAAAACUCCUGGAAAACCGUCCGUGCUGGCAACAACAUCAAAUGAAAAGAACAGUGACAAAAAAGAGCAAUAA